CAAUUUGCAAUGGCAACGCAGGAGCAGAGGGGACGGCGUAAGUCUUUGCAGCGCCUGCGCAGUGGGUGCUGAUGAGGCGGUGCCUAGUCAACCGGCUUUGCCAGUACCCGGUAGCUGCUGCAAAAAAAAUUGGCCUGCUAACGGUAGUUCAAGAUGGCUGAUCCUUGGGAAGAAUGCAUGAACCAUGCAGUUGCUUUAGCAAGAAAAGCUGGAGAGGUAAUCCGGGAGGCAUUGAAAGAGGAAGUAACUGUCAUGAUUAAAAGUUCUCCAGCAGAUCUAGUCACAGUCACUGAUCAAAAAGUGGAAAAUAUGAUUAUAUCUUCUAUAAAAGAAAAAUAUCCAUCACACAGCUUUAUCGGAGAAGAAUCUGUUGCAGCUGGUGCAGGAAGUAUUUUGACAGAUAAUCCCACAUGGAUUAUUGAUCCUAUAGAUGGAACAACUAAUUUUGUGCAUAGGUUUCCCUUUGUAGCCGUUUCAAUUGGCUUUGUAGUAAAGAAACAGAUGGAAUUUGGAAUUGUGUAUAGCUGUGUAGAAGACAAGAUGUAUACUGCUCGAAAAGGAAAAGGAGCCUUUUGCAAUGGACACAAACUCCAAGUGUCAAAACAACGAGAAAUUACAAAAGCACUCUUAGUAUCAGAAUUGGGAUCCGACCGUAAUCCAGAAGUUAUAAAAACAGUUCUUUCUAAUAUGCAAAAGCUCCUUAGCAUUCCUAUUCAUGGGAUUAGAGCAGUAGGGACAGCAGCUAUUAAUAUGUGCCUGGUGGCCACAGGAGGAGCAGAUGCCUAUUAUGAGAUGGGAAUUCACUGCUGGGACAUGGCAGGAGCUGGAAUUAUCAUUCUUGAAGCAGGGGGAGUGCUGCUCGACAUCUCAGGAGGACCAUUUGAUUUGAUGUCAAGAAGGAUCAUUGCUGCAAAUUGUCAAGCAAUAGCAGAGCGGAUAGCAAAAGAGAUUCAGACCAUUCCUUUUCAAAGGGAUGAUGCAGUGAAUUAAAUAACCUAACACAUGACCUCUAUUUCAUUAAGAAUUUCUUUGAUGCUCAUCCAUUGUACCGGAGUAAAUAUAGACUCAGUUAUUCAUCUUGAUAUGUCAAAACCUGCUGCUGAAAUCCUUCCCCUCUCCAAUGUUUUAAACAUUUCUUUUAUUAUUUAUCAUGUGUGCGGCACAUUUUUAAAUGUCAUGCUUUCUUGUCUCUGACAAGAAAAUAAAUGGGAUAUGGUGCAAAAGAGGAUGGAGUAAUUCAUCUAUAUAAUUAACAGUACCGAACAAGUUUGACUGUCCGCAAUUCCAUGUGACAUUUUUUUCCUUUGUAUAUUAUAAGGGAAAAGAAUAAAAUCCCUAGCAAAAUGCUUUUUCCUCUUUCCCCUUGCAGUUGCUAUGAUUAGACUGUUCUUUCUCCACCAACUUGAUUCCCUUGCUUAGUAAUGGAUGUACUGUUUUAAAUAUAUGUGGAACAACAUGCUUUGAAAAUUGAUUGCUUGAAAAAUCUUCCCCGCUGAUACUUCCUAAGCGAAAGAAUGCCUUCUGUUAACUUUCCUUUUACAUAUUUUAUUCAUAUUUUAUAUAAGAGUUUCCAUAAACUGCAAUAGUAAUUAUUGAGUAUUGUACGCAGUAUAUACCAAACACAAUAGCAGAACAGAAGGUAUGACCAAACUAAAACUAAAAAUCUUACUUAUCGUAGAUAAUACAACAGUAUUUUAUAUCAGUUUAAGCCACCAUAAGUGUGUUUUGGCAACAAUCAAAUAAGUGGUGUGUUUUUUUAAUAUUGAACUUUUAUUGGAUUAGGCAUUUUUGUUUUAUUUGGGUAUGUGAACAUAUGUGUAGUUUAAUCAUUUAUUUCCAGUUUUCAUAAACUGGAUGAUUUGAAGUAGAUAUUUAAUCCAGAGUUGGAUUCAUUCUUAGAAAUACUAGGUAAAUAAGUAUUUCAGGUGCAGCAGUUUGCCUUGCAAUGUACUUAAAAUGGAUAAUUCGAUAUGUUCUAUAAACCUGCAUGUAUCAGUGACAUAAUAUGGGCCUUGACCCAUAAAAGUGUGAUCUAUUUAUUUGCCUUUAAGGUCCCACAAGAUGUUGCAUUUUCUAAUAAACUAACAAACUAGUUCUUCAGGGAUUAUUCUGUAAGAGUGUUCAAAGUACAGUUGAGUGGUUUACUGUAAAUCACUUCAUAAGUGCUAUAUCCAUUAGUAGGGGAAAAUUAUAAUUGAAGAUGUGAAGAAGCUUUACAAAGCUUUAUAACAUUUAGAAGGUUGGAAUCAUAUAUUGAUGCUUGUGAUGUGCAGGACUCAAAUCUAACCAUAACUUUGACACAAAGAUUUGCAUGACAGAAUAAUUCUGAUGUACUAAUGAUAUAUUCCCAAAUUGAUGAUAAAUCAUAAAUAUAAGAUUUCAAUCUAUUUUUUCCAGAGUUAGCAAUGGAAUGUGAACAGGCAUCAACCAUCCAGAUGUCCCGAUGUCCCUGAAAUGAAGUAAAAAAAAUUUAAAAAUCCAAAUAGCCCAAACAGUUUACAGCUGUUUUCAAUUGUUGGGGAUGCCUUUCUGACAAGUUCAUACAAUGCUAUCAAGCCCAGAAAAUUUUUGAUUUUUUUCCAUGCGUAUUUUUUAUCUUCUUGUAUUUUGGGUUAAAAACUUUAUUAUGUUAGUACUCUCACGUUAGCUAUACUUAUGCAAGCUUUGGCAUAUUGGAAGAAUGAUUUGUUCCAAAGUAGUGAUAAGUAUACAUAUAAUUUUCACUGAUAAGUUUUUUUCCCCUAGCUCAUUUCCUUUCAAAUUGUAUGAGUUUAGCCUCAUGUAGAAAUAAACUGUUCUUAGCCUAAUCUUCAUUUCCUGUUGAUUUUACUUGCGUAUCAAUCUCUGGCUGAACUCUGGGUAUCUUGGAAUCCACUUUCGUGAAUUGUUGUGUGGAAACAAGAUUUGGUAAAGAACAGGCCAAAUAGGAAUACCUGGACUUCUGCAAAAUAUCUGAGUUUAGAAUACAACAAUAAAUUGAUUUAUAUUGUAAAAUGUAAAUUGUUUUAAAAUGUGAGGUCAUAAUAUGUUUAAAAUAAAUAUCAGUUUUGUCAGUUAUAAAUUAUCUCUUUAAAUGUUUUUUCUCCUGUUCUUUUCAGAAAUCUACAAGCUGCAGCUUCUAUCUAGCAAUUUAUCAAUCUUUUUAAAAAAUCAUUUCAAUGGUUUUCUUAAACUAUUCCUGAAACUCUUCCAUCUUGUCCCAUCUUCUAAAUAUAUUGCUGGAAACAGCACUACCAUUAUACAAUUUACACUGUUGCCUUUUUUUUUAAAGUAUUAAGUUUACGGACAAUGCAAAAAAAAAAAAAGAUUUACAAAAUGGCAAGACAAGAAUGAGAAAGGAAAAAAGGAAGAAAUUGAUAGCUCUCCUUAUUUCAUUUUAAAAAUAUGUUUUCAUUGAUUUAUUAAAUUGGU